AUGCUCCCGCCUUCUCUCUACAACUGGUCAUCUAUUGAAGUAUUUUCAGUAGGGUUUAAUAUGUUGUAUGGAAGCAUUCCGGGUGAUAUCGGAAGCAUGUUCCCCAAGUUGCAACAUUUUGCCUUGACUCGCAAUCACUUCAUGGGAACCAUCCCUUCUUCAAUAUCCAACAUAUCUUCACUCGAAGUACUUCGCCUCAUAGAUAAUAGAUUUAGGGGUUACGUGCCUCCCACAUUGGGGAAGCUGGGAACUAUCCAAGAACUCAGGUUGGCUUACAAUAGGAUUGAAGCUAAUGAUAACAAGGGGUGGGAAUUCAUCACUUCUUUGGCAAACUGCAGUCAACUGCAGCAAUUGAUACUCGGCUUCAAUUCUUUUGAAGGUCAACUACCGAAUUCAAUCGUGAACCUCUCAACGAAUCUCCAGAAGUUAUACUUAGGGUACAAUAGGAUCUCUGGGAGUAUUCCUGCAAAUAUCGGCAAUUUAGUUGGUCUGGAAUCACUUAUAAUAGGAAAUAAUUAUAUAUCUGGAGUGAUUCCAGAGAGCAUUGGUAAGCUAGAGAAAUUGAACGAGCUAACCUUGUCAAAUAAUAGGUUGUCUGGACUCAUGCCAUCAUCGCUAGGGAAUCUUUCACAAUUGAUUUCAUUUUAUGCAAGCUAUGGCAACUUGGAGGGACCACUUCCAGCAAGCCUGGGGCGAUUGAAAAACCUCUUUGCACUAGAUUUGUCAAGGAACUACAAUCUUAAUGGUUCAAUACCAAGAGAGAUCUUCAAACUACCCACCCUUUCUUGGUAUUUGGACUUGUCAUACAAUUCCCUUUCUGGACCCAUUCCUACGGAAGUCGGUAGUUUGGCAAAUCUUAACGAACUGACUCUAUCAGGUAAUCGGUUGUCUGGCCAGAUACCAGAUAGUAUUCAGAACUGCAUAGUGUUGGAAUUGUUGUUGUUAGACAAUAAUUCGUUUGAUGGAAGCAUACCUCAAUCACUGAAGAAUAUAAAGGGACUCAGUAAAUUGAACUUGACCAUGAAUAAGUUCUCUGGUAGUAUUCCUGUGGCCCUUGGCAGUAUUGGAAACCUGCACGAACUGUACCUAGCACACAACAACUUGUCAGGGUCAAUCCCAUUAGUUCUACAAAAAGUGACAUCAUUGACAAAAUUGGAUGUAUCCUUCAACAAUUUGCAAGGUGAGGUGCCGAAUGAAGGUGUUUUCAGAAAUAUCACUUACUCAGCAGUUGUUGGGAAUAUCAAUUUGUGUGGUGGUACACCUCAGCUCCAGUUGGCUCCAUGCCCCACAGACCCCUUAAACAAGAACAGAAAAAAGAUGUCAAAGUCUCUUGUAAUUUCUCUAGCGUUAGUUGGAGCAAUCGUGUUCUCACUUUCAAUUAUUCUUCUUGCUUGGAUACUAUACAGGAAGCUCAAACCAAGCAAGAUGACAUUAGCACAAAAUCCAACCGUCGAUGAAAAUUACAAGAGAAUUCCCUAUCAUGCACUAUUUAGAGGAACUAAUGAAUUUUCAGAAGUGAACUUGCUUGGGAGAGGAAGUUAUGGCGCUGUUUAUAAGUGUGUUUUGGACACCGAAGAAUUAACAUUGGCUGUCAAGGUGUUUAAUCUUGGUCAAUCAAGGUAUUCAAAGAGUUUUGAGGCUGAAUGUGAGGCAAUGAGAAGGAUACGACACCAUUGUCUCAUCAAGAUCAUUACUUCUUGUUCGAGUAUCAACCAUCAAGGUCAAGAGUUCAAGGCAUUGGUUUUUGAGUUCAUGCCAAAUGGUAACUUGGAUCGAUGGCUUCAUCCGAAAUCUCAAGAGCCCAAUACAAACAACACACUCAGCCUUGCCCAGAGGCUUAAUAUUGUUGUCGAUAUUGUGGACGCUGUAGAAUAUCUGCACAACUACUGCCAACCAUUGGUAAUCCAUUGUGAUCUUAAGCCAAGCAACAUUCUUCUUGCUCAAGGCAUGAGUGCACGAGUUGGAGAUUUUGGCAUAUCAAGGAUCCUUCAAGAAAAUACAGGCGAGGGGAUGCAAACUUCUUCAACUGGAAUUAGAGGUUCCAUUGGCUAUGUUUCUCCAGAGUAUGGAGAAGGCUCUGUUGUCUCAACAGCUGGUGAUAUUUAUAGUCUGGGCAUAUUAGUGCUUGAGAUGUUUACUGGAAGGAGCCCAACAGAAGGCACAUUCCAAGAUUCGUUGGAUUUGCAUAAGUUUGUCCAGGAUGCUCUUCCAGAUAGAGCCUUUGAGAUAGCAGACACAACAAUGUGGCUGCACAUCGGGCACCAUGAUAACAUUGCAAGUAUUGGAAUUCAGGAGUGCUUGGUCUCGAUCUUCAGGCUUGGCAUAUCCUGCUCAAAGAAACAGCCUCGAGACCGAGCUCUGACGAGAGAUGUAGCGACAGAGAUGCAUGCAAUCAGAAAUGCACACCUCAAGUUUAUUGGGAGGCCUGGAGCAGAAAGAGAAGCCUUGACUAGAGAAAUUCAGAGCAUCGUCGAAUAA